AUGAUGUCUACACACCUCAUGAAUGGGGCACAAGAUGUCCCUGACUUCUACAGUGCCCCCGGCGAUUCGAGUAUCUUCAAGGAUACGCACAGAGACGUGAUCACAUACACCGAGGAUGGACGUGCUCUGAUAGCUGGCAAACUCCUCAACAAGAGGGAACCGAGUGAAAUGUGGAAUCAGCUGAUACUGCAGAUGAUGUGCCAACGUAUCAGAGUUCGUAAGUCGUUCUUGAAUUCAUUUUCGUAACUUAAAUCCAUUUGACAACAUAAUUUUAUAUAUUUUCAAACUUUGAGCUGAUAUUCCCCAUAAUAGUAACAAUAUCAUCAUCGAUAAUACAAAACACAAUUGUUACUGAAUGUUACAAGAUAAAUAGCAAUAACACUAUCUUCACUGUGUUCUUUACACUCCUCGUUUGCAGAUCGAGAAUCGAUUGUGAAGCGCUUCUUCAGUCGCCACAGUAAAACGGCCCAUAAACGAGACACCAUCGAGCGUAAAUACGUUACCAACAUCUCGAUCAGUGACUGA